AUGCCAUCCGUAUCUCAUACUCCGGGAGUGCCCGCUAUCGAUCAUCGAUCGGGCCCUGAGUCGACUACUACUACUACUACUACUAUUACUGCAGCCAUGGCUGGCAAGCCCAGCGGAGACCAACAACAGCAAGACCUGGUGGACUCCGCGCUCGAACACUCCGUCCUUCCGGCCCAACAUCCGCUAUCCACCUUCGAACUCGUUGUCACUACCAAUGCCCCCAUCCUCGAAUCUCUCCUCUUGCAGACUCCCACCGAGGCCAUCCUGAGCCUCUACCAUACCUCCCGCUACCUCCGAUCAUUCCUCCGCUCUUAUCCGACAGCAUGGAAAUACCUCUCUUUUCGGCUGCUCUACCCAUCUGGCACCCCGCCGCCCCUCCGGGUUGUCUUCACCGGCUCCUCCGAGACCGUCAUCCCGCGCCAGUCCCGCCCGUAUGCACUCGACCAGCUGUUGAUGAACGUGGUGAUUCCGUUUAGUCCGUGCUUGCGCAGUCUAGAGCUGGAUAACACAGCUGUGUCGGGGCAGAUUCUGAUGUCGACGGUAUUACAUUCGCGACGCGAGACCUUGGAACAUCUCUCCGUACGAGGCUGCAAGAACGUGUCGCUCAAGUACCACAUCAUCCCGUAUCUCACGAUGUUUGGCCUCCAGUAUGAUGUCAAUAUGGAGCAGAACAUCGGAAGUUCGCCGGAUACGAAGCAUCUUGCACUGAAGAGUCUCUACACGUAUCGAUGUCGACAUCAUCGACGACGGCCGUAUCUGACUUCCUCCUUGUCGCGAAAAGACUCCGACUCCGAACCCACACAUGAACUGGUCAAUCUCUGCCAUAAGCUGGGCAUCUGGACGGAUACCGCAUGGUGCUCGACUCCUGCGGGGAGAUGUUUCCGGAGGCGGGGCUACGUGUCUAUGCGUGUUCCCCAGGGGUCGGCGGAGGUGUGGGUGGUGUUUGAUCGGCUGUGGAGGUCGAAGAAUUGGAUUGGUCCGGUAGACCAGGCGAACCGUCCAGCCCAGCGGGAUGCGAAGCUGUGGGAACACAGUGAGACCGGCUAUUACGGCGAGGCUUUGGGGACUGGAGAGGGUGGAGACCAUGGAGAGGGGAAGAUGCUACCGGCACAUUUGCGACGGAGCCAUACACAGUUCGUGGAGAAUAUCCGCUGCGACAACUGCUGCGAGUUGAUUCCUGAACGAUGCGAGCAAUGCAGUAUAUUGAUGCACUGUGUUGGAUGUCGAAAGACUCUAUGUGCUAGCUGUGCUUAUGAACGGCCUUAUCUGCACUGCCGGCCUCGAUCGGCUUCCAAGGACAGUCCAUACUGGUGGGCUCCUGGAGCUACCAUGUCGCCAUGUUCUAUGCAAGACCCUGUCGAAGAUUCCGAAAACACUACUGGAGCCAACAACGCAACUCCCUCCUAUCCCGCUCUUACGUUCCAUUGGUGCUGCACUGAGCCAAUCUUUUCUGGCGGCGGCGGCAUCAGUAUUGGCACACCGAACCGCGAUGUGGACCAGGUACGAGCCGUGCCUCUGCCUCGAGGACAAGGAUGGGAGGACUUGGAGUACUCGGCACAGGAAUGGAGCAAAACGUUCCCGCGGGACGCCUACGGAGACCCUCGCAAGCCCGACUACACGCUGGAAACCGGACAUAUCGCCAUGAUGCGGUGGCUACUUGGCCCACCCGACCGACAGCCUGCAGCUUGCCCGCGCAAUCUAUGUCAGGACUGCUACGACACACCUCAGUGGAAGGUCCACUGCAAGAGCUGCUCGAAGCCGCUGUGUAUCGAGCAUGAUCUACGGGGACUCCGCUUGAGAAUUUGUGGGUACCGGGAUCUGACGCUGGAAAAGCUGGCGAUCCAGAACCACGCCGAGACCGGCUCUCGCGGGUUUGCAUCGCGGGUGCACUACACGAAUUCCGUGCCAGAGUUCGAGCUGCCGUAUCGGACGCAGCGGAUCCUUGAUUCAACUACGAGCAGUUUUACCGAGGACAACCAAGAGGUCUUUCCCGAGGCGAGCAGUAGCGCGUUCGAUCAUCCUCGACCCACGCCUUUGGUUCACCGCCGCUCGCGAAGCCUCUCCAUCUCCAAUUCCAACCGUUCACGCUCAUCCUCGCCAUCCUCGGUCUACUGCGACUCGCCGUCCGACCAGCCCAGAUGGCAAGGAUGUCAGUCCUUUUUCUGUCCGCAGUACCGAGCGGUCGGUGACCAGCGACAGCGGUGCGCCAGCGUUCUCCGCGAGUGCACCAGUUGCUCGGUGUACGUAUGCGAGGACUGCACCAUCGCCUUCCCGCCGUGCAACUGCUCCUAUUGCGAAGUCAACUACCUGUGCCCGAACUGCCUGAAGAUGCGGGAGCGAGACGGGACCUGCCGCCGGCCGGCAGAAGAAAAGGCCCGUCGGGAACGCAAAUGGAAAGAGGACAUGCGCCUGCUGGAGGGGAUUGUGCAGGACAAGCUGGCGAACAAAAUGGCAAACAAGAUGGCCGAGUAUGCCGGCGAGUUCUUCGACGUCAUCGAGCGGGAGGAAUCCGGCGAGGUGCAGUAUAUCGAAGAAGCCUCGACGUAUCCUGGACCGGUGGCAGAGGAUCUAGGCGAGGAGAUAUUAACGGACAGUACGGAAUGA